UUGGCUCCUGUUGCUACGGUUUCGCUCUGGGUUUCAUCAACCAGAUGCUGAUGUCACAGGGCAAGCAGCCAAUCAGCAGGGGCGCGCUUAUCACGUGACACCCGGGCGCCGUGCGAGAAGCUCGUCCGCCGCCCGCCCGUCCAUGGAGGAGCCCGGCGUGAUCCGCGUGCGGCACGAGUGCCUGAAGGACGUCUUCUGCUUCUCGUUGCCUCAACUUUGUCCGGCUUGCGGCGAGCGUCUGGCGGGACGACGCCUGCGGGAGCCGCCGGUCAGCAUUCCCAACCCGCUCUGCGACGGAUACAAGACGCCGUGCUGCCUCCUCGUUGCGCCUGCGGACCGCAACGCCGACAGAGACUUUGACGGGACGUCGGAACUUCACACGGGGAUCGCCAACACUUCAGGCGUGGUGUACAACUACACGGAGAGGGGCGUGGUCCGAGACCAGAGCGGCUGGCUCGGCUGCGUGAGCGUCCCCCUGGUGAGACCCGACACCUUCCACCUCCUUGCCCAGUGGGACCGGUACCUGGAGCAGUUCUCACGCGGACCCCUGUGGGACCCCACCUGGCACAGGUACACGCACGCGUCCGGAGAAGAUCUGGCAGCCGCGACCGGUCGCCUUCAGUUCUUAUCGGGUCUUGUGCAGAGAGAAUGGUUUAGGCUCAAGAGUCCACCCCUCAGGUCGGUCUGGUGGCCAUCCAGGCCACCCGAGGUGAGGCGCUUGGCUGAGCGGUUCAGGAGGUCGUCCAGGAGCCCAAGCACCAGGGUCUUUACAGGGCCAUUCGGGCCCUGUAAAGGGCGGACCAAUGGUAAUGCAGGGGCCAGGGGAAUAGGGACGGGAGACGGCCGCUGGACGAGCGCCGCCGGAGCCGGGACGGGUGGCAGAACAGGAGCCUGGCGAGGCCGCCGAGGAGCCGGAACGGGGCCUGCGGUCGCUUGCUCGGCCCGGCGUCAUCGAGGUUUGGGAGUAAAGGGUACGGGAGGGGCAGAGUGCACAGGGACUCGGGAAUGUGAACUAGGAAAAAUGGCUGGUACUGAACAUGGUGGCUCGGGGGAAGGUUUGAAUAGACGUGACUUAAUUGGAGCCGUGGAACGACGUGUGAGAACGGGUGAAAAAUGAAGUGACUUGGGAACAGAGGAAAAAAACGAGGGGGCAGAAUUUGACCUUUACUUGGGCGCCUCCGUGGGCCACCACGUGGCGGUCCCGGGUACAUGGCCAAGAAAAGGUCUGAGGGAAAGGAUUAGGACUCACUGGGGUUGGAAACGGGGAGAGGUGACAAAAACUGACGAGGACGGGAUAAACUAGGGAAGGAACCAGAAAAAUCUAAAUCUGUGUCAGAGUCAGAAUCAGGCAGGAGGUUAACUAAAUCGGGGCCAUCUUCACAAUCAGAAAAAUCGGAAUCUAAAAAGCAUGUGGAUGUAAAAUAGUAGGGCAUGGUGAAUAACUAGGACACGUGGGGGCUCCCACUUAACAGGAAUGAAGAUUUGACAGGAAGCUGCUAAUUAGGUUAAGGUCCACUCGACGUACACCAGGCCUUGCCCAAGUCGCCGUCUCACAGCAGCGCAGCGUUGAGGUGCGGGAGUUCUCAAGUGGUCGCGAGUCUCUGCGGCGCCUCGAUUUGCAGAGCGCAGGUCCGCUACAGCAUUUCAUCCACGGGUUACCCGAAUAACCCAAAACGGGCCGAUGCAUUCCUAAAGUUGGACCGACCCAACGAGCGGUUAUUUUAGACCAGCUAGUCUGGCUUAGGGGGUUCGACCCUGCGUGUUGGGUUGGGGCUGUCUACCCCAAAAUGGGUGGAACGCGACCCUGCCGUUGGGUCGAAUGUGAUCUUGCUGUUAGAUUGGUCAAAUGUGAAACAAAAAGUGGUCUAAAACAUAAUAAUAACAAAUACAUUAUUAAUCCCACUGUUUUUUGGCCCCACUUUGAUGUUGCUGCAUCAUACAUAGCCAGCCAAAACGGUUUCUUCUGGAAAAGUAUUUUCGAGUUAGCAUUGCUAACAUCCAACCAUCCAUCUUCUGAGCCGCUUCUCCUCACGCGGGUCGCGGGCGUGCUGGAGCCUAUCCCACACAAGGUUUUCGUCCCAAGAGGAGGAUCAAGACCCAAGUGAAGGUUUUAGUACU